AUGUCGGACGUCAAGGAUGUUGAGGCCCCUUCGGACAUGCACAAGGAGGCUCCCAUCGCCCUUGAGAUGGACCAUGUGACCGAGAAGGUCGACCAAGAGAUCACCGAGGCGGCUAUGGACGCUGAACUGCAACAGCUCGAGGAGCAGUUGCAAACAUUGCCGAAGUCUAAGCUCGAGGUGACGUUCUCAAACCCAGCUGUCUAUACCUACAUGCUGGUGGCUUUCGCUUCCAUGGGUGGUCUCCUUUCCGGUCUGGAUCAGUCCCUCAUCAGUGGUGCAAACUUGUCCCUCCCCACGGCUCUCAACUUGAGUUCAAGCGAGGCUAGUUUGGUGAACGGUGGCAUGCCGCUCGGUGCUGUCGCUGGUGCUCUUUUGCUCUCCCCGGCAAACGAGUACCUUGGUCGUCGCAUGUCUAUCAUUGUUUCUUGCAUUCUAUACACAAUUGGUGCAGGCCUGGAGGCUGGUGCCAUCAACUUUGGUAUGAUGUUUGCUGGUCGUAUGAUUUUGGGUGCCGGUGUUGGUCUGGAGGGCGGUACCGUCCCCGUCUACGUUGCGGAGUCCGUUCCCAGCAAAAUCCGUGGUAACCUCGUCUCGCUCUACCAAUUGAACAUCGCCCUUGGUGAAGUCCUCGGAUACGCCGUCGCCGCCAUCUUCAUCGGCGUUGACGGUUCCUGGCGCUACAUUCUUGGAUCUUCCCUCGUCUUCUCCACCAUCCUUUUCGUCGGCAUGCUGUUCCUCCCAGAAAGCCCCCGUUACCUGAUGCACAAGGGCCACGAGAUCGAGGCCUACGGAGUCUGGAAGCGCAUCCGUGGCUUCAACGACUACGCAGCCAAGGACGAGUUCCUGGGUAUGCGCCAGGCCGUCCAGCAAGAGGCCGAGGAGCAGGCCCAGACAAAGAAGUAUCCCUGGAUGGAUUUCUUCACCAACCCCCGUGCCCGCCGCGCCAUCGUCUACGCCAACAUCAUGAUCUUCCUUGGCCAGUUCACCGGUGUCAACGCCGUCAUGUACUACAUGUCGACUCUGAUGGAGGCCAUCGGCUUCGACGAGAAGACCUCCGUCUUCAUGUCUCUCGUCGGUGGUGCUUCGCUCAUGUUCGGCGCCAUCCCUGCUGUCCUGUACAUGGAGCGCUUCGGCCGUCGCUACUGGGCUAACGCCAUGCUGCCCGGCUUCUUCAUUGGUCUUGUUCUCGUCGGCGUGGGCUACACCAUCGACUAUGAGAAGUACCCCGCUGCGGCUCAGGGUGUCUACUUGACCGGUAUCAUCCUUUACAUGGGCUUCUUCGGCUCUUACGCCUGUCUGACCUGGGUCAUUCCCUCUGAGGUUUUCCCCACAUACCUCCGUUCAUACGGAAUGACCACCGCCGACGCCAACCUCUUCCUGUGCUCCUUCAUCGUGACCUACAACUUCACCCGCAUGAUGGACUCCAUGAGCCGAAUCGGUCUGACCCUCGGUUUCUACGGUGGUAUUGCCGUGCUUGGCUGGUUCUACCAGAUUGUCUUCAUGCCUGAGACUAAGAACAAGUCUCUCGAGGAAAUCGAUGAGCUCUUCUCACAGCCUACAUCUGUUAUUGUAAAGCAGAACAUGAAGCAGACUGCCCAGGUUAUCCGCGACCUCUCACACUUCCGCCUGCGCAAGGUUUUCUCCCCUGAGCCUUAUGAAAAAUAA